UUUGUCAAGCCAAGUCCUCCAGAGAACGCGCCCCGUUAUCGACUUUUGCUUGCGCUCAACGACAAAUGAUACCGUCGCUUUACCUUCCUACAACCCCACAGCUGAUCCCAUAACCCGAGAAGCAGCUGCGGGACCUCGCUAUCCGAACCAUGUCUGGGGCACAGGCCGGAAAUGAGGCCCCGGAAACAAGCAACAAGCGCCGCCGGACCUCCGGGAUGUACCAAAGGAGGCGGGCUGUCGCGGCGUGUGGGCCAUGCCGAGUACGGAAGACGAAAUGCGACAAUGUCCGGCCCGCCUGCGGCUUUUGCCAACGGAACGGUGGCCACUGCACUUACCCUGAUACUUCGAAUGACUUCUCAACCUUCGACCCUGCAAGCUUGGCAAUACUAGAUCGUAUCAACCAUGUUGUCUCGCUUCUGGAAACUGGACCACAGCCGCCGAUGGACAAUGUCGGCUCCGUUGUUCCCUUGCCGCAAUCGACGUUGUCGCCGACUUCUAUCAGCGGGCCACAAACCAGUACGAGCGUCGCCCUCGAGGACGAUCCGACUCAUGCACCAGACAACCUGCCCGAGGAUGAUGCUAUGAUACGUUUCAACAUACCGGAUUCGGCGGCUGCCAGUGCUAACUGUGAAGCGGUUCUUAAAUGGCCAAUCUUCAGGGGCUUGGUCCCCGACGUUGAGUCGUUCAUUCUCGAGGCGGAUGACGACGACCGGGAGUCUUUUGAUCGACCCAAGCCCGUCAACGCUUGCAGCCUUGGACGCGGGGUUCAGGAGGACGAUUUCACGGUCCUUUCGAAGAAGUUCUUGGCGUACGUGCAUGUGAAGAAUCCAAUACUUGAUGUUGCGGACUUCAAAGCCCAAGUGAGAGACGCAGUCGAAAGUGGCCCACGCUGGGAUGGUCCCUCAUGUCUUGUGCUUAUCGCCUGCGCCCUAGCCUGCCUUGCGAGCCCUUUUCAAUCCGAGCUCAACUUCAACGGUACGCCGGAAUCAGUCCGGUCUUCUGCUUCAAAUUCCACCGAUCCGGACACAGCUCAGGCUUAUUACCUCGCAGCGAAGAAGCGACUGGGGUUGAUCGAGCCUUCUUUGCUCCAGGUGCAAUGUCUGUUCUUCUUUGCGGUAUUCGAGAUGUACACCCUCCAUCCGCUACAAGCAUGGUUUUACUUCAACCAAGCCUGUGUGCAGUUCAAGAGUCUUCUUUGGCGGCGUAGCCAGAGGCGAAACCCACACAACAUCUCGCAGAAAACUCGUCGUCUCGAGCAGAGGCUCUACUGGUCAUGCAUGAAGUCUGAGUGUGAGCUUAGAUGCGAAAUCCCAUUGCCGUUGAGCGGCAUCACCAGCCUAGGAUACCCGGACCUCUUCCCGUCGCCUCCGUCCGAAGUUGCUUCUCCUGCCGCCCAGCCAAGCGCGUUGGAUAUUUUGGAGGACGACAUACAUCCCGAGGAAGAGAAGAGCUGGUUCUACUACUUGGCUGAAAUAUCGUCGCGGAGGAUGAUAAACCGUGCGAUAUCCGUAUUCGGCUACAACGGGCAGCAGGCAUGGGUUCAAGACGUGGCAAGAGUAGUAGAGAAAUGCGAGGAGUUUGACGGGCAUAUCAACGUAUGGUGCCUGCAUAUCCCCUCCCAGAUCAACUGGCAGAACCGAGAUUUGUCCAACAACGAGCUCGUCCACUUCAUCCAAAACCGAGCCACCAGCUGCCGCGAAUGGAUCCACCGGCCUUUCGUCUAUUACGUGGUCCACCAGCCGCCGGACGACCCUUGGAUGCCCCGCGUCAUGCCGUUGGCGGAGAAGUGCCUCGAGCUCUCGGUCGAGCUGCUGCUGGACGUUAACCUGCAUCAUCGGCAUCACGGAACGUGGUUCAUGGCCAGAGCGGCAAUGACCCGUGCGCUUCUGGUCUUGGCUGCGGUCAAGAGCGGUCGGUUCACCCAGCUGCCCGAGCGAUGGAAACAAGCGGUCGAAACGGCCACAUUGGCGUUGCAGCGGUGGUAUGGCGAAGCUCCGGACCUGCUUAAGGCUGCGUCUGUGCUCGAGGGGGUCAUCGGUCAAGUUAUCGGGACCGGAGGAUGACUGAGUCCGUGGGGAAAGCUGGAUGGACCCUUACCGUCAGGUCCGUCGGCCAUUGCCGCAAGAUAUCCAUCGACCCCGUUGCUCUUACGCCUCGGAGUGGCGUGAGAGCUGGGCGCCUUCUGCAGCCCGUAACAGCGAGCGAAAGGCGAGGUAAGAUAAAAGCAAGACCCGGACCCUUGCUUGCGUCUUGAUGCCCCUGAGAAACGGCUAAGCGCUUGGACAUCACACUAAGGGAAUAUGGGGAAUGCCUGGCCCAUCACUAUUGUUUGACACUUUACUUGAGUGCAACACAAGGGAGAGAACUCUUCAACCUAGAAUGCUUCGAUGGACCCUUUUUUAAA